AUGCCAGUUGCGCCCAAUGAAUGGAAGGGAAUGGAGAGCGGCAGCAGGACCGGCUGGCUAUUCAAUUACCACCCAACGACGGUGAUGGUGGCUGACGAGUCGUCAGUGGAGCGCCAAGGUGGAUCGGGUGGGCGGGCCGCACUUGUUCUUCUUCUGCAGGAUCAUGACGGCGAAAUAUUUUUUGUGAAUCUGUUCUAUCGCCCCUACAUUUUCGUCUCAGUGGUGGAAGGGCAUGAACACGAGGUGGAGCUUGGUCUCAUGUCUCUUUUUGGCCCGCAGCUGAUUUACAACGUUGAAACGGUCGAAAAGGAGGAUUUAGACCUUGUCAACCACUUAAGCGGUCGGCGGCGGCUCUAUCUGAAGGUUGUUUUUAGAAACGUGCAGGACUUAACGGUGGUGCGUGGUCGACUUGAGAAAUUUGUGAAGCGCAACGCCUCCAUGGGGGCUACAAACCCGUUGCUAAACCCUUUUGAAGGAUCACUGAGAGAUGUGAUGGCCAAAACAUUUGAGGAUGACCCGUUCGAUUCAAACAUUUCAUCGGAGCGAUGGGUUGACUGGGUGCAGGAGAUGAGGGAAUACGACGUGAAGUAUCACAUGCGGGUGGCCAUUGAUUUGGGCAUUUUUGUUGGUGUGUGGUACGAUGUCAUUGUGCAUGAAGGCGAGGCGAAAGUGACACGCUGUGAUGAUAGUGCGUAUGCUCCGGCCAUGCCGCGGGUUUGCGCAUUUGAUAUUGAAACCACAAAGGCUCCACUGAAGUUUCCACAGCCUGAGGUGGAUCAAAUUUAUAUGAUUUCCUACAUGCUUGACGGACGUGGGUACUUGAUUGUCAAUCGUGAUAUUGUUUCCAUGGACAUUCAUCCGUUUGAGUACACCCCAAGGCCGGAGUACGAGGGUAUUUUUGAAACAUUUAAUGAGCCGAACGAAAAGGCCCUCCUACGGCGCUUUUAUGAUGAAAUGCGGAAGUACAAGCCAAACGUGUACGUCACGUACAAUGGGGACUACUUUGAUUUUCCUUUUAUUCAUGCUCGAUCCUUAUUUCAUCAGUUAAGCAUGCGGGAGGAGAUUGGCUUCACGCAGGGCGCUGAAGGUGCCUUUUUAAACCACAAGAUUCCCCACCUUGACUGCUUCUACUGGGUGAAGCGGGACAGCUACCUCCCACAGGGGAGCCAGGGCCUGAAGGCGGUGACAAAACACAAAUUGGGUUACGACCCUAUCGAAGUGAAUCCGGAGGAAAUGUUGCCGCUGGCACAGACGAACCCGCAACAGAUGGCAUCGUACUCCGUCUCCGAUGCGGUGUCAACAUGGUAUCUUUAUCAGAAGUAUGUUCACCCUUUUAUCUACUCACUUUCUACCAUCAUUCCCAUGGCUCCUGAUGACGUGCUACGAAAAGGAUCUGGCGGUCUUUGCGAGUCGCUGCUAAUGGUACAGGCCUACGCAAACAAUGUUAUAUUUCCGAAUAAAAAAGAACAACAGUUGGAGAAGUUUUUUAAUGGGCAUCUGAUUGACAGUGAAACAUACAUUGGUGGACGCGUGGAAGCUCUUCGAAGUGGGGUGUUUCGUAGUGAUAUUCCCCUCGGUUUUAAUAUGAAUCCAGACAUGUACCAGAAGCUUAUUGAUGAUCUUGAUGAUGCGCUACGAUUUGCUUUAGAGGUGGAAAAUGACGUCAAGGUAAAUGACGUGACGAACUAUGAGGAGGUGCAGAUGGCAAUGAAAGCAAAGUUGGAGUUUUUGAGGGACCACCCACGCCAAUCGAGUGAACCCAUCAUUUAUCAUCUGGACGUAGGCGCCAUGUAUCCCAACAUCAUCCUUACCAAUAGACUCCAACCGUAUGCCAUUCCCAAACCAGAUGUCUGUGCAGGAUGUUGUUUUAAUUCGCCAAACAACGAGCAUCAGUGCAAACGAACCAUGACGUGGAAAUGGAAAGGGGAAUUUCUGACCGCUAGUCGUCAUGAAUAUCAAAGAGUAAAGGCUCAGCUGGAGAAUGAAUCUUUUGCAGCAGCCGCGAUCCAGCAGGCAAAUCUUUCUGCCGUUCAAAAGAAAACUUAUGGCAACCGCAAAGGAAAUGUCUUGGAGGGGACGACAUUUGAGCGAAAGCAGCGCCCCUUUUCUCGAAGAAAAACCGAUGACUUUAGUGGAGGAUAUCGACAAGAGAGCAAACACCAGCGAAAAGAAGCACGUAAUGCCCUACUUUCAAAAGAAUUUGAAGGAAAAGGCGGGAGUGGAAGUGAUGACGAGGACGAGGAAGAUGAAGAGGCAGGCGGGUUUAAGGCUUUUCAUAAACUUCAGGACACCACCCAGUUUAAUCUUUUGAAGAGGCGUCUUGCGGAGUAUAGUCGGAAGGCUUACGGUAAAAUUCAUGAAUCGCGUGAAAUUUUACGCACGGAUGUUGUAUGCCAGCGCGAGAACUCAUUCUACGUGGAUACGGUCCGUUUGUUUCGCGAUCGGCGUUACGAGUAUAAAGCCGCCCUUAAGAAGUGGAAGAAACGACUAGACGCGGCCAAAGAAGUAGAAGAAGUCAAACUUUGCAAAAGUCGCUGUGUCCAGAUGGAAUCCCUUCAGUUAGCUCACAAAUGUAUCCUCAACUCUUUCUACGGCUAUGUCAUGCGGAAGGGCAGCCGUUGGUAUAGCAUGGAAAUGGCUGGUAUCGUAACAUACCUUGGAGCUAGACUCAUUCAGAUGGCACGGGCACUUGUGCAACAAAUUGGUGUGGCGCUUGAACUUGACACGGAUGGCAUAUGGUGUUGUCUUCCCAAGGAAUUUCCAGAAAAUUUUAUCUUUACGACCUCACAUCCUUUAAAGUCAAAGGUGACAAUUUCAUAUCCAUGCGUUGUUCUUAACAAAAUGGUGCACGAUGAUUACACGAAUCACCAAUACCAAACAUGCAUUGCCCCUGGCGUGUAUGAAAAACGCAGCGAGUGUUCCAUUUAUUUUGAGGUGGACGGGCCUUACUUGGCUAUGUUGUUACCAGCAAGUCGGGAAGAAGGAAAAAGCAUUAAAAAGCGCUACGCUGUGUUUAAUCCGGAUGGAGGACUUGCCGAAUUGAAGGGAUUUGAACUAAAGCGACGUGGCGAGCUGAUGCUUAUUAAAGACUUUCAGUCGCAGGUAUUUUGUCGGUUUCUUGACGGGAACAGUCUUGUGGAUUCCUACGCCUCCGCCGCCGUGGUCGCCAACGCGGCACUAGACAUGUUGUACUCAAAAGGGGAGGGUUAUGAGACGGAAGAAAUUCUUGAGAAACUAUCGGAAAGCAGCAACAUGACACGACGUCUCGCCGAGUACCCGGACUCACAGAAGUCACUGGCGCUAACCACGGCACGCCGCAUAGCGGAGUUUUUGGGUCCACAAAUGGUGAAGGAUAAGGGAUUGGCGUGUCAAUUUGUUAUUUCGCGUCUUCCUGCCGGUCGCCCAGUAACGGAGCGUCCGAUUCCUCUCACCAUUUUUCGUGCUGACCCGACAUUGCGUUUGCACUUCCUUCGCAAGUGGACAGGGGACAACUCACUGUCGCUGGACGUUGACCUCCGUCAGCUGUUAGACUGGGAUUACUACAUUGCAAGAUUCAACGCAUGUGUGCAGAAGAUAAUUACGAUUCCCGCGGCACUGCAAAAAGUACCAAACCCAGUACCACGUGUGCCCUAUCCAGAAUGGUUGCAUAAGCGACUUCAACAGCAAAAUUCUAGGUUUCGGCAAGUUAGUCUAACCGGGAUGCUUGCAAAAAUGAAGGCAAAUGAGAGCGCCAUCCCGGACGUGGAGGAGCUCAUUCCACUCAAUAAAGCGGGGGUACCCUGUACGGUGACGCUGGCAAGGAGGAAUACGAAAAAGAAUGGUGUGAAGGAAGAAGAUUUCGAAAGCGAUUGUGGAGAGGAUCUCGAGAGUGUAUUCGAUGAUGAUGUCGAUCGUAUACGGCAGGAGGAAGAAGCACGGGAGGAGGAGGCGGUUGAUGCCCUCAAAGCAAAGUACUUCUCCCCGAAGAGUACUGUUGCGCUGGACACAGCGUUCUUUACGGCUUCUGGUUUGAAGACGUGGCUGCAGCGUCAGAGGGACGCAUGGACGCAUCGUGCGAAACUUCGUCGAGAGAUGCUGCUUGAUGCAAACGAUACCCUUCUUGUUGAUGGUACUGCCGUCAGCAAUCAUUUUAUUGAUAUUAAGUCCAAGGCACUGACAGCGACGUGGCACAUCUUGGAGGUGCGAUCCGAUAAGGAAGAAACAGGAAUGGUGACUGUUAUUGCCGCACUUGAAAAAACGUUACAUACAUUUCGCUGCGUCGUCCCACGUCGUGUUAUUGUGGAUGCCACUCUACAGUUUCAGGCUCCUGGUGCGAAGGGGUUAAAUAAUGCUCGGAUACUACCUCGAGGUCGUCUUGCAACAAAUUUACAGCAGAUUGACAUUCCACCUGGAUCUAAGGGGGAGCGUGUGCUCAAUGCGCUGCUGAGUACGCGGGAGGAUGUCCUUGCCGUUUACGAAAAUCACAUUACCCGAAGCGACACUUUUAUUGAGAAAAUUGGCUGCUGUGCAAACGUCAUAGCGGACGUUCAUUUGCGCGGUUCACGACGUCGGCCAUCCAUGCGAGACGUGUUUGAACUCGAGGAGUUGGAAAGUACGGCGAGUAGCAAUUAUCUUCAGAAUUCCACCGAUCGAUUUGUUUUUAUUUUUCAUGUGGCUUUUGAUACCCGUGGUUUGCUUGGCGUGGUCAAUCACCACGCAAAAACGGCUGUGGUGGUUACUGUUCAACCUGCAUCGGCACCGAUUCCAACAAUAAAUUGGAGUUCUCUUCUUUUGGAGGUGACAAAAGCCAUGAAUGCGGCAGUGAACCCACUUGAAUUUAUGACGGAAGUUGCAUCUGAUAUUACAAGCGCAUGGAAACUUAUUUACAGAGUCCUGAUGGAAGUGAUGGAAAGUGGGAGACCGCCCUUGUUUGCUGUUCUUGAGAGUGGCGUGCCGACUCUGCAGCUUUUAACGCAACGCUGUCUUCCUCAGUCACUGCCGUAUUUGCGCGUGCUUGGUGCUGUGGAGGAUGAACGACUGUUAGCAGAUCCAUUUCGUUGGACGCGUUUACUGGCGAAACGGCUUUUACAACGGUAUUUUGCUUCUCUUCUUUGGAUAGAAGAACGUAUCGCAUUUAGUCGACUUUCGGGUAUUCCUCUCUGUAAUCUUGCGCAGGACACAUGUGCGCAUGCGUGGGAUGUCAUGUUUAGUCGUUCACUUCACUCUCGCUCUCAUGUCCUGUGGAAUUCGCACGAUAUAUCCAUUGCCUACGAGGCUGUGGAAGAGCGUUCUCGUCAGGUCGUUAUGCCGGGUGGGUACUUUUCAUGGUGUGUAGAGUUUAGUUUAGCCAGGUUGGAUGUGGUUGCCGUGUUAUUCUCGCAGAUAAUUCAAGAAGAGGAUGGCCUCAAUGUGCACACUCUCUGCGAUCGCGGUGUGACUACACACUUCAAUAUCUUGCGGGAUCUUGUUUCAGAUCUACUCGGUCAAGUGGUGGCAAACCCGGUGGCGGACGCCCUUCUUGCAAGCUUUGCACGCUGGAUUCGUGACCCUGUUUCCUGUUGCUAUGAACCUCGGUUGCUAGAACUUGUAAGUAAGCUUGCUCAUCGAGCCCUCACCAAUGUUCUUAUCCGUCUGGCAAAAUUGGGUGGACGUACCGUAAAGGUGGAUGGGGAUUCGAUUGUUGUGCUUACCCCUAAGCAUACCAUUCAGGAUGCAGUUAAUUUUGCUCGUUACAUGGUGGAUUCGUUACAGGACCAACCCAUGUUACUUCUCUUGUCUCUUCAGCCUAUUCGAUAUUGGUGUCCAUUUAUGGUUCUUGACAAGCGAGAUUUUGCAUGCUUAUGCCUUUCUAGUGAAGAUGCUCUUGGUUUGAAGGAGAGGGAGCAAAUGCCACCUGAAAGGCUGAGGGUUGAAAAUGCGUUUACAAUCUGGGGUAGGCUGCCCAAUAAGGUGAAGAGUGUCUUUUUUCGGCGCGUUGAAAGCACACUACGGCUCAUUGCAGAGAUACGUGAAAAGGUGUUUCAGGAAAUUCAAGCAGACCCCACGGUUGUUCUUGCCACCAAAAGUGAGCAAAUCCUAUUAAGACAAGUGAAGGCCUUUAAGGCUGCAAUUGAGAAUAAACUGCAUGGUGAACUUAUCGAUGAGGUGCAUGGACUCAUGGAACGCAAAGACUUGUAUGAGGAAGGUGAAGUUCCGAGCGGUGAUACACCCUUGUCGGGUAUUGCAGUGGCGUUGGAGUACACUAAGACCAUUUGUCGUUUACUCGAUUUAUUCCACAAUGAUGGGGUUGUGGGGAAGAUGCACAAUAACUGUUUGCGCCUUUGUGGGGUUAGUCCCUUUUCCCCGUUAGCCCAGCUGAUUCCAGAUGUCGAAGCAGAAUGUCGCUUGCUAAUGGUGAGGUGCAGUUUUUGCAACCACGAUCUCUUUCUCGACUUGGGCGUGCAGGAAAAACGUUUGCGCUGCGAUUGGUGCCAUGCGCCAAUUUCCACAUCCGCCUUGGAGUCCCACCUUGUGCGACGUGUCAACGACCUCGUUAUGAACCAUUUGCAGCAGGACUUUAAGUGCAGCAAGUGCAAUGAGGUUGCGUCGAGCUUCAUAAGUCAGAGUUGUUGCGGUCCUCUUGUAGGAAAAGGCAAGCCGAUCGCCUCACAGCUCCAGGCAUUGCGCAAGUUUGCCCUCAUUCAGGACUUUCCAUGGUUAAAAGAGAGCGUUGAUUUGGCGCUUCGCUUCUCCUGA